AUGACAGACGUCGGAGAAGACAGGCCAAAAUCAGCUUCGGUAUUGAAAAAGGGAAGUUUGGCUCGUGGAUCAAUGAAACCUAAAAAAGGUUCACUAAAACCUCGGAAGAGCAGUAAAACGCGUAAGAAAUCUCGAUCCAGUUCAAGAAGUUCAAGAGUAUCAAGACCUUCCAAUAGACCUUCUUCUGCACCAUCUUUACGAGGUUCAGUCCGGUCAUCAAAAUCAAAGAAAUCUUGGACAUUUCCACCAUUAGGAGGCAAACCAAUCAGCAGAGUAGAUUUUGCAGGCUCCAUGAAACCAGUUUGGAGUCAAAGUCCUGAGGUGGAAACAUUUUAUUCAAGGAAGUCUAACGUUGAAAAACGACCGUUAAAAGGUCUGGAAUUUUUCAGAGAACGUCCAGUCAUUUUCUUCAUAAGCUUAGAUGGAAUAUUGUACAGUUAA